CGACAAGAAAAGACUUAGACUUGCUCAACACAACACCAUUGAUUCAGCUUAACGAUCGACAGCCUUUAAUUGGUUAAAUCUCUCUCGCAUUAUAAACACCAUCUGCCCGGCUUUCACUGAAUUGCAUCGUUCAGUUCAGUUCAUGAGAAGCAGCCCUCAUCUCAGCUCGCGUCCCUGACGGUUCAUACGGUCCGGUCCAGAUCUUGUCGGAGAUACCUCAAAGCUCACACCUCAUAACUCCCGGGAUUGGCUGACAACUCAUCCCCUGUGGUCUCAUACCGCCCAUCUCAUAUGCCCACACGAAAAGACAUAUGGAGAAUCGGACCGAGUCGUCGUCGUAACUAAGCCCCAACCCAUAUUCCGGUCAACUUGCGCCCCCUCCGCCCUCGUACACCUCUCAACCUACAUCUCCAGGCAGGCAGUCCCUCGUCUCAUUCAACGCCAUGCCCCCAAGGGAAAGCGACCAAUCUCGCAAAAGCGACGUUUCCGUCGCCCGCUUCGUAGUCAUGGAUGAGGACAGGCCCGACUCUUCAGGGGCCGGCUCUGCCCCGGAGCAGGCAACAACGACAGCCGCAUCCCAACCAGCCGCCUCGGAGUCUACUACCCCUGCACCUCACGUUGACGGACCCGAGCGUCAAGACGAGAAGAAGGAAAAGUCCAAAGACAAGGAGAAGGAGAAAGGGUCAGAGGAAAGAAAACCGAAAGAGAAGAGUGAUAAGGACACCAUCACAAUCGAGGAUCUGAAUCUCCCCAGGUCCAUAAUCACGCGUCUGGCCAAAGGGGUUCUGGCUCCAAAUACACAGAUUCAAGGCAGCGCAGUGCUGGCCCUCACCAGGAGCGCCACCAUUUUUGUUAACUACCUGGCUAGUCACGCGAAUGACCACACUGUGAACGCCGGCAAAAAGACCAUUGAUGCGUCUCACGUCUUCAAGGCCCUCGAUGACACUGAAUUCUCCUUCCUCCGUGAACCCCUGGAGGCCGAGUUUGCUAAAUACACACAAAUGAAAAGCGCCAAGCGGGUCGAUUACCGCCAGCGCAAAAAGGCAGGGACGUCCUCCACCGCACCCGGCAAUGCCGGCGACGACUCCCACAUGGCCGAUGUAUCCGCUCUAUCCGCCCCAAGCGGCGCCGACGACACCUUCACCACCGCGCCACCAGCCGCCGCCACGGCAGCAGCAGCAGCAGCAGCAAAGGCAGGAGGCGACCAGCCACCACGCGCCAAAAAAGCCAGGACCGUCCCUGUAACUGUAACUGUGGCUGCUGCUGCAGCGCUUGUUACAGCCGGUGCCGCGGCUGUCGCCAUGGGUGGUGGGUCUGCCGAUGACGCCGAGACGGAGCCUGAGGACGAGACUGCCGCGGUGGACGAGCAGGAAGAGGAUGACGAUGACGAUGACGAUGACGUUGACGAUGACGAUGAAGAGGGGGGUGAAGAGGGGGGUGAAGAGGAGGAGGAUGAGGAUGUGGAUGAGGUCGACGACGAAGCUGCCGAGACGGAAGGGGACGAGACGCAGGAUGCUCUUGAAGAUGAUGACCGGCAUGACCAGGUGGGCGAGGACGAGGACGAGGACGAGGCCUUGGAUGGCGAUGAGAGCGACUGAAAAGGACUGGUUCCGCUGGGCUUCAGCAGUUUCCUUCUCUAGUCGCUUCCGCCAACCUCCUCGUGCGGUGCCAGGGGCAUAUAUAAGUAUUGUGCAUGUCAAGGUAGCUCUUGAGAAGGGAGCGAGCACACAGGGGUCACAACUACCUCAUAAUUUAGUGAUUCUGAACUCCGUCAUGACAAAUGGUAUAUCGCAUUACGACAAGUGUCAAAUUGAGAUCUCCC